CUGAUCUUUUGACACAGUACGGGAGAAAGGCAACUGCAUGAAGAUACAGAAGCUUUGCCCUCUCAAGCGAACUCGACAUUAGAAUGCAUGAAUACCCUCCGGGGUUAAUGGGUCCGGUUAUCGGAAUGUCUCCAGACAAGAAAGCGGAAUCUCCCGGAUCGCAGGCCGCAGCGUGUGGAGCAGGGACGCUUCCGGAAGCAGAGAGCGCCUCCAGCCCUUUGGCGACCAGCCUGGAUCGGAUCGGUCGAGUAGGAUCGGUGGGUGUGGCAGGGGGCGGGGCGGAAGAUGACGAACUCACCAAUCUUAACUGGCUCCACGAAAACCUCCUUCAGAACUUUACUCUGGGCGGCACGGAAGCCCAACCGUACACCGGACCCAUCUUGGACAUUGAGGGGGGUCUCGGCGCGGCUCACGACCGCUCGCCGUCCUCGUCGUCCUCGUCCGUCUCUGGAAACACGGCCAGCGAAAGAGACCCCCUCAAAUCAAAGCCUCCUUUUUCUUUCUCCCUGCUCAUCUACAUGGCCAUUGAGCAAUCGCCAAGCAAGUCUUUGCCAGUCAAAGACAUCUACGGUUGGAUCCUGGAGAACUUCCCUUACUUCUCCAGUGCUCCCACCGGCUGGAAGAACUCCGUGCGCCACAAUCUCUCCCUCAACAAAUGCUUCCGCAAAGUGGAGCGAAGCUUAGGAAAGACCAAUGGGAAAGGCUCUCUCUGGUGCGUUCACCCUGAUUUCCGGCCCACUCUGAUGCAAGCCCUGAAGAAGCAGCACUUCCCUAAUGCACACGCUUUCUGCACCCCUCCAGCCUCCCCUCCCAGUGCCUCCUCUCCCCCGCGUCACCUGUUGAUGUUGGAACAGGGCUGCUCUCUGAAAGAGUCUGAUUUUGACGCUGCAGCUGCCAUGAUGCUGUUGAAGUCUGCCUCAGAGCAGAACAUUGACCCAUGUAAGAAUGAUCAGGAAGGCCCCAUUGACUUAUCCCGGAGGGACGUGGUGGUCGUGAGCAGGGACCCAAAGCAGGACCACAACUACAGCAGCACCCCUCUGCCCCUGUCCUCUCGCCAGUUACCCCCCACUCAGCCAGCUAGCCUCACCCAGAGCCUUCAAAGGGAGCAGGAGAGAGGAGGCCGGGCUCGCUGCACCCGCGGCCCCACACAGGGCUCCCCUACCGGGAAGAAGGCCCGACGAGACCCCCGGCCUGAGGUGGACGAAGAGCUGAAGGAGGCCGCCGGUUCGCUCCUGCACCUGGCUGGAAUCUGCACCAGCCUGGGGACUUGCAGGCGGAGCGGCAAGAACAGGAAACUCAGCCGAAAAUGAGCCCUUCCUCCCUUAACACCUCCCCCACCCACCCCCCCCCCCCCCCCGGCUUCCUUUCCCGUUGACCUUUUAGCCCCUCACUUUGUGACUCUUUCCCGUGGCCCGCCUGACCUCUGGCCUUGGUUUGGUGAAUCUUCCCUCUCGUUUGCGUUGGUGUGUUUGGGAAAAAAAAAAAAAGUGUUCGUUUGAGAUGGGUGAAACACCUGCCCCUUAACUUAUGGCAAUACUAACCCAUAAACAGGAGAAUAAAGCCAUACCGAUACCUUUUGUUACAAAACAAGAAACGAAAUUACGAUACACGUUUGCGUGAACAGCCAACGUAGGUUGGAUUUACGAUUAAAAGGAAGAUUUUAAUGAGAAGAAAGUGGAGAAGGGGAAAAGGAGCAAGAGAGAGAGAGAGAGAGUUUUGAAAGAUUCACUCAAAGGCGAUUUGCAUGCUUCCACCACUGAAUUUUCAUGAACGUAUUUAAACCGAGAAAGAGUGCAUGGAUUUCACAAGUUCACAAGAGGUCUGGUGUUCAUCAUAGAAAAAGGAAAAGGCUAAUGGGGUUAAAAAAAAAAAAAAAAGAUAGAAAAAAAUGUUGAAAAAUAUUAAAGUGCCAUUGAUUUUUGGAUCAUAAGACUGGGUUGUGAAAUAUAACACAAAGAGGAAAAAUGCAAUAAUUAGUUGAUCUAAAUACCUGUACUUAUUUUAUUUUUGUACUGCCAUUUUAUAUCUCGUGUGGUGAGUCAAGGCAUGUCCUGGGAGCUGUGUGUGUAUGCUUGGCACCGUGAUGAUGUCAUUGUCAUUUGACUUCUUCUCUGCAUUCUGAUUGGACAGGUUCUUUUUUGCAUGAACCUGCCUGACCAGAAUGGUCACAGUGUCACAGAGAAAAUGUCGAUAAAACACACCACAGAGGGAUAAAAAAAACAAAAAAUGUCUCUCAUUGCAUGCAUGUUCCAGGUGUUUUCCUAUGUUGCCAAUCCCCCUUGUAGGUUGUUGCUGUGUUGGUUACAUGCGUUCUUCGUUAUUUAAUUGCAUUUUUUGACAUGAAAGAUCUGUGAAUUCACUCUUUUGCUGCUUUGUGCAAAUACAUUCAGGCAAAUGCAAGAAGGAAAGUUGCAGUGCAAGCGAACAUUAGAUUUUGAACUGUCUCCAAAUCCCUGAGAUAUUAACAAGAAUUUUUCUUGUUUCUGGCUCCCUGGGUUUUUUUUUGUUUGUUUGUUUGUUUUUUUUUGCCAUUUCUGUCAGUGUUAUGCAGACACACAUCUGUAACUUUUGUCUGUUGAUUUUGUUCCUGUAAUAAUCUGUGUGUGUACACGUAGACUCCAUUCAAGUCACUGCUCACCAUUACCUACAUUGCACAGUAGAGGGCACUGUGCAGAUUUAACUCUUCACAAAGCUCCUGAUGUGAAGCCCCGUUGUCCAAACCUCGAGGGCUAAUUUCCCAUGUACGGGAGGAAACCAGAGACAAUGUGAACUGUCGAACAAAAGCCAGCAUGGGUCAGAGUGAGUUGGAAAGGAAAGUGAAAUGUUUCUUCUGUUUCUCUGGCUAUGAAACAGAGUUUUAGAGUCAGAGGAAAAGCGUGGAACAGACUGCAAGAAGAAGAGAGUUGAAGCAGAUUUGUGAAAGCUAUCAGUUAAUCACCAGUCUUGCGUUCCCAGAUUCACCUGACCUGUAAGAGCACAUCAUAUGGACAGUGUAGAUCACGCAUUUGAUAUUGAUUUGACAGCCGGAUUGUAAGGAAUCUCUGAAUGUGAUAAGAGGGAAUCGAAAUAAGAGUAAAAUUGAUUGGUCUCCUGUUUGUCUCCAUUUCACCAGUGAAAACUGGCCCUCAUUAUGGCCUCUAGCACAGCAAAAUAUUGCAAACACCGGGAGGUAGAAUGAAAAGAAACUUUAAUCAUCUGUCCUCGUAAGAAUAGGUGUAACCUGAUUACUGCCGCUCCUUGUUUCGUGUUUUUUUUGCUCUUUUGAAACGGUCAGUUAAGUGGCGUUAACACGCUUUUUUUUUUUUUUUUUUUUUUGUUAAGCAUGUAUAGACGACACCUCGUGAGCUGUCUGCCCCGUGUAGAUCUCACUUUAUCGUUUAGGAUUUAGGUGUUUGCAAACAAGUUGAAUAAGAUUACCUGUCCAAGCAUGUUAAAUCACAGCAUCCCAUACUGCCAGUGAACAAUGCCACUAUUACUGCCCUCGGUAGAGUUCCUCUACCAGUUUAACCAAGGAUUGCCAGUUUUCGCCGAGUGCUAAUUCAUGACCUUUCAGGCCGCAACAGUUCGCCGACAGCUAGCAAUGGCGAGAAAGGUGUGGUUCAGGAAAAACUGCAUGGUGGUAGCGUUGGGUGUGUUAAGAAUAUUUACAGUUAAAUGGACACCAUGAAGCCCACCUCUCACCCACUGGUAGAAAAUGGUUAUUUGACUGGAAGAGUACUUACGCAAAUCUAUUAUUAUUAUUAUUAUUAUUAUUAUUAUUAUUAUUAUUAUUAUGUCCCACUAACUGAGAGCUGCCAAACCCUCUGUCUGUUUGCCCAUGUUUGUCUGCCAUGUCUGUUUGACAGACACAACCUUUUGGUUUUUGUAAGCUAACCUCUGUCAAUAAAAUGUUUAUAAAAUUUAUUUUUGCCAAAGAUAUGCAAUUGUUGCAUUAUAUAUGGUAUUACAGAAUAAAACGAUUUCUCUUAAUUCUAA